GUUCUUGUUUCUUGCCUUCAUACUCUGUGUGAAGUUGUGAAAGUAAUCUUGCCCGUUAUGUCCUGAAGACCUUGUUUUGAACUUGGUCAUUUUCUGAUAGUCUGCACUUGUUUAGACUUGUUACGUGAAUAGAAUUUUUGUAUGCUCUUUUGCCACUAUUGUGAAAUCUGGGGAGUUGCAGAGACUUUUGUUAUUGAUCCUGAGCUGGAUAAUUUGGUAAUUCCGUGCUCCUUACCUUCUGAAAGUCUUGUAGUGAAAUUUCAUUUCUUUCCAUUUGGUGCCUCAUGCUCUUUUCAUGUGGCUCAUUUUUCUGUAUUGGUUAAUCAAGAGCAGUGAUCAUUCAAUUGAAAUUGCCUUGUUUUUGUGAAGAUUGGCAAACUGUCAUAAGUUAAACUCUAUUGUUGCCAAUCUCUACAUUCUUGAUAUCUGGAAAUUGCUUGAAACUCUUGAAAUCCAUCUUGAAUCUUUCUUGAUAUUGCUUUGUACUUGUUCUUGAAAUUGAAAUCCAGAAAUGGAUAAUGAUUAUUGAAAUCCUCAUUAUCUUGAUUCUUGUUUGAAAUUGAUUCUUGCAUUGUUCUUGAAAUCUAGUUUGAGUUGUCCUUGAAAACCAUUCUUGUUCUGACACUAGUUCUUGUUUCAGUAUGCCUGUUGAUCUUUUUGAUUUUGUUUUUGUUCAUAUGGACACCUCUUUAGGAGGGGUGACGAUUAUCAGAAGAUACCUAUAUGAGCUAUUCUAAAUUCUUGUAUCUUGCAAGUGUUAAAUUUUGUAUCCUUGAUGUCUUAGCUUUGACUUGACUCUAAGAUGUCUAGGAUGACUUGACUGUAAAUCUGCUUAGUCUCCAUGAGCUACGAGGUAAAGGGGUAGUCCUUGAAAUACUUGAUGCCCUAGAGUUUUGUUCCAAGUGAAAUGGUUCUUUGAUUUGGCUGUUUGGAUUUUGUUUGCCCUUUUAAUUAGGAGACAUGAAUCUUCUAAGCAUCUUGAUCCCAGUCAUUGCUUUGUUUUGUUAAUUAAUUCUAGUACUUGAGGUGCUAGAUCUUGAUCUCCUGAUUAUAUCUGCUCUUGAAUUCUUGUUCUCAUUGUCAUUAUUGAAAUCUCUUUUGUGAGCCUAGUUCUUGAAUUCUAUUGCCUGUUUCAUGGUUAACUCUUGUCUCUCAAUUUUGAUUGCUUGGUUAAAUUUGAUCUUGACUCUUGGUGAAUGCCGUUUUGUUGCUAAAUUUUUGAGGCAUUCUACCUUGCACUCUUGUGUUCUAAUAUUCUUCCAAGCGUUCAUAUUUUCCAUUGAUUUUAUUUUGUUGCAAUUCUUGAGAUUCUUACAU